AUGAUUUUUUGCUCUCUCUUUUCUUCCUUCUGCCACUCACUCCUCAGACGACUACCUCCUCAACUGUGGCUCUUCCUCCAACGCCACCCUCUUCAACCGCGUCUUCAUCAUCGGAGAUUUCAAUUCCGGGUCGGGUUUUGUCUCCACAAGCCGGUCCACCUCCAAACUCACCCUCUCCUUACAACACAGCAAGAGUUUUCACCACUGCUUCAAGCUAUAGCUUCAGCAUCAAGAAAAUCGGAACUCACUUGUGUGAUUGUGGAAUUCCUCAAGGUGGUUAGCUUGCAAGAAUUUGCCUCAAUUUUGGAGCCCAACCUGUGCAAAAUUGUAUCAAGUCUACGCUUAUACUUGAGGUUGCCCUUGAUUGCUGGUUUAGCCAAGUUGGAGCAUUGGUGCUAUGAAACAACAGAUGAGUAUGCAGGUUCAGCUUGGAUGAACUCAAGCAUAUUAGGCAAGUCAUUGGAUUUCUGGUCACAUCAAAAACCCAGAAAGACACUUGAUGAAAUAAGCUAUGACCUAUUCCCACUAGUAUUGUGUAAGCAAGGAAGAAGUAAUACAUUGCAUGUUGCUGCGGAAAAUUGUCCGUAUAAAUAUUUUGGUUGCAACAUUAUCUAGCAGUCAAGUUUAGUUGAAUUUUCUUCUGUAUCCAUGUUCAAGCCUUUGGGGAUUGUAACUGCAGUUGCCAUUGGUUUUGCAUUGAAACUUGCUUUUUCAACUCAGAAAAUCCAGAAAGAAAGCAUGGACUAUCUAGCUUCAUUUAAGGUUUAACUAAAAGAUAAUUAUUGUUUAUGUAUUCUAAUAAACUGAAAACACAUAUUGAUAAUAAAAAUACCCGCAGCAA